AAUAACAACAGAAUAUCGUGAAGACAUAACAAAAGUUGCAUCAAAAAUUGCCGAGAAUUCCAAAAUAAAACUUCGACUUAUUAGACAAGAUGGAAUGAAAGAUUUAAAGAAGGAUUCUAAAAAAAAUAUUUCAAGUGAUCAAAUUAAAUUAUUGGAAAAAUCGCUUCAGUUAUUUGUAGAUAAAUCUGUUAAAGAGAUUGAUGAUGUAUUGAAGGCUAAAACAAAAGAAAUUUCAGGAAAUUAA